AUGUCAUUAUAUGCUUUAAAUGAUGGUUUGCCAGUAGGUAGUAUUGAUAUGCCUACUAUGUUUAACGAAGUAAAUAAUGAAAGAUAUAAUUUUGAUUUUAUAAAUGAAGAGAAUUAUGAUGAUAGCUGGAGAAAUCCAUUAUCCCGUGAAUUAUUUAACAAAUUAGGAGAUCUAGAUGAUAUGGAAAAAAUUGUUUAUGAUAUAACAAACGAUGAUUUUAAAGCAGAAAAACAUUAUGUAUAUACUAUUGAUGGUUAUAAAUUAAAUUUAUAUCAUAUCGUAGAUUCAGAUAAAAAUUACACACCAUUAAAAGAAAAAUCACCAAAAAAAGGAGUAUUUUGUAUAGGGCAUGGGUUAAUGGAAUCAUCUAUAAAUUCAAUAUCAGGUGGAUAUAAUUCAUUGCCUUUUAAAUUGUUAUUAAAAAAUUAUGAUAUUUGGUUGUGUAAUAAUAGAGGUAAUUAUUUAACUGAAUAUGUAGGAAAAAAAUAUGCUAUGAAAAAAAAUUUAGAGAUAUAUACAAUUGAUGAUUUACGUGAUAUUGGUUUUGAUGAAAAUACUUAUUCUACAAAUUUAGUAUGUGAUCAAAUUGAUUUAAAAAAAAAAAAAAACAAAAUUUUUAAAAAAUUAUGUAAAAAAAAAGAUAAAAAUAAGGAUGAAAAUAAAUCGAAUCUAAUUAAAAAUAAACUUGAUAUAAAAAAUAAUUCAUGUUUAAAUAAAAAGGGAAUAAAAAAAAAUUACAAUGAUUGUAAUAAAAGUGAAAUUGGUUCUAAGAUUAGUAUAGCUUCUAACAAUAGUCAAGUUAAAGGCUCAAAUAGUAAUAUUCAAAAAAAUAUAAAAGAUAUUGAAAUAAAACGUUUAAAAAAUAUGAUAUCAAAUAGUAAGCUAUUUACAUCAGAUGAUAUAGAUGUUAAAAAAAUUUAUGAACUUGUUGGUAUAACUGAAAAUGAUUUAAAAUAUUUAGAUAAUAUGAAAAAAGAAGAUAUUGAAAAAAAUAUUAAAGAAACAGAUACAUGGACUUUUGAAGAUAUGGGUAAAAAUGAUAUACCUGCAAUAAUUAAAUAUAUAAAAACUAAAACAAAACAAGAUAAAAUUAUGUAUAUUGGAUUAUCACAAGGCUCUAUAUCACUUUUGAUUGGUGGCUGUUUAAAUCAUUAUGUUAAUAAAAGUAUAGAACGUUGCUAUUUAAUGUCUUUACCUAUUAUUUUGUGGAAAAAAUCUGAAAUAUUUUUUGCAUUAAAAGGGUUUAUAUUUAUAUCAAAACAUUUUAAACAUGUGUUAAAAUUUAGAAAUUAUGCUAUCAAACAUAUUCCAAAAAAAUUUGUGAAACGAUUAAUAACUAAUUUAUCUCAUUUCUUAACUUCGAAUAUAUUAAAACUUGUUCAAAAUGAUAUUUACAAUAAAGAGAUAAUUUAUUUAAAUACUCCAAGUGGAUCUAAUUCAACUGCUAAUGUUCAUAAAUGGUUAUCAUCAUUUGAUAAAACACCGGUAACAGAUAUUUUUGAAAAAAAUUCUAAAAAUUGUACAUUUCCUAUAUGUCUUAUAUAUGGCGAUAAAGAUUGUCUUGUUGAUUCGAAUGCUUCAAUUGAAUAUAUGCAAAAAAUUUUUAAAGAUAAUGAAUUACAGAUAAUUAAAAAAAAUGAAUGGUCCCAUUUAGAUCCGAUGGUUUCAGAUAACGAAGACAUUAUUUUUUCUCACAUUAUGAAAGAUAUAAAAAAAAAAAAAUCGAAGCAAAAUAGUAAAUAA